GUCAUCCAUCAAGAAGACACCUCAAUGCUGUUUCGAGUAAACUCAAAUACAGUUACAACUAUGGCUUGAGUGAGGUACCGCUUUUGGGAAUGACAGUAGGUCAAACUAUUGAUUAUGCUGCUGACAUCGAAGGUGAUAGAUUAGCUUUCGUUUCUCGUCACCAGGGGAUUCGCAAAACCUUCAGUGAAUUACAAAACGACGUAAACCACCUAGCGGCGGGUUUCCUUGCUCUGGGUCUUCAGCCUGGAGACCGGGUUGGAAUCAUGGCGCCCAACUGCUACGAGUGGAUUUUAACUCAGUUUGCCACCGCCAGGGCAGGAAUGAUUUUGGUAAAUAUCAACCCAGCCUUACAAGAACAAGAAUUAGAAUAUUGUAUCCACAAGGUUCAUAUGCACGCCAUUAUAUCAGCAGACAAUUUCAAAACCCAGGAUUAUUACCAGAUCCUAAGUAACAUUAUACCCGAACUAUCCAGCAGCCGUCCGGGUCACGUGAAGAGCAGCAGGAAACAUCUGUCUUUCUACAGCGGAACCUUUACUUUCCAAGAAGCAAUGGAUGCACCAGAAAGUCACCAUUUUCUAGCAUUGAACGAUGUUUCCCUGACGUUUGAUGACACUGCGAACAUCCAGUUCACGUCGGGUACUACAGGGUUGCCCAAGGCUGCAAUGCUGUCUCACCACAACCUAGUUAACAACGCUUUAUUCGUAGGGUUGAGAUUAGGCUACAUGAGAGAGUUGCAGUGUACUUCACUGUACGGUACUCCUACCAUGUUUAUUGACAUACUUCAACAUGCGGAUUUUGAAAAAUACAACCUCACAAGUUUACAGUCAGGAAUAAUGUCGGGGGCUCCGUGCCCAGGUGAAAUCCUGGAUAAGGCUAUGACCGAAAUGCAUAUGAAAAAUAUCUGUGUAGCCUACGGAACGACAGAAAAUAGUCCGGUUAUAACGUUAAGCUUCCCAACAGACUCCGUGGCUAAACGUUUAAAAACUGUGGGUACUCCAAUAGACUAUGUAGAGGUGAAGAUUAUAGAUGAAAAAAAGAGAGUCGUUCCAGUGGGCACUGAAGGAGAACUCUGCAGUCGUGGACAUAACACCUUCCUGGGUUACUGGGACGACAGAGAUAGCACUAUGGAAGUGUUCAGUGACGCUAGGUGGUAUCAUACGGGCGACAGAGCAGUAAUGGAUGAAGAUGGCUACGUCAGCAUUGUCGGUAGAUUAAAGGAUGUCAUCAUUCGAGGAGGAGAAAACAUCUUCCCUCUAGAGAUAGAGGAAUUUCUUCAUAUGCAUCCAGAUGUCGCUGAAGUGCAUGUUGUAGGCCUACCGGACAAAAGGAUGGGUGAGGAGGUGUGCGCGUGGGUCAAACUAAAGACCGACGGCCGAGUCUCUGAACAAGAACUAAAAAACUUUUGUAGAGGAAGGAUCAGUCAUUUCAAGAUCCCAAGAUAUAUUAUCUUUGUGAAUGAUUUUCCAAAAACAGGAUCUGGUAAAAUUCAAAAGUUCAAGAUGAAAACAGCAUCUACCGAGGUUCUGAAAUUGGACAACAAAAUCUGAAUUAAUAACGUGUGAUGUUCACAUUGUAUAUGUUAUCACGAAGUGGGCGAAAUAUUUACCAUUUCAAUCCUAGGUUUUAUAUUUUUUUUUAUUCAUACAAACUACUGUCUGUAAUCGUAAAGUGAGAAAAUAAUUUAAACCUAUUCUGAUUUAUUGAAACUGUUCAGUUAGGCUUAACGAUAACAAAUUUAAUAAAGAAGAUAAAAAAAUUAGCCUGUUUAUAUAACGGGAAAUAAUACUAACGAAAUUUGUUUCUUUCAAAACAAAAGGUUAAAUGAAUAAA